AUGCAGAGCCUGACCAACCUCAUUUUCCUGGCCGGCGCGGUGACUCCGGUUCUGUCCGCCGCCAUUGCCCCCCACACUGUCGAAAAGAGGGGCGUUCUACACAUACCGGCCAAUAUCGAUGCUGGAAUCCCAUUUGAUUCCAAGGUCGUCGACUCCGAUGCCUACAACACUUUCGUCAACACCGAGGUCGUCCUGCUGGAGGGUACGGACAAGCGCCAGGACGCGGAUCCGGACCGCAACUCCACAAUCCCAGAUUUCAUUUUCACAUUGCAGUGCACUGAUGAUGGUUUCCGCGGUGACUGUCUGGUCUUCGGUGCCAAGCCUGGAGCCUGCGUAUCCUAUUUUGACUUCCAGCCGGCCAACUCCACACAAAUCAGCGACCGCUUCAAUAACAAGGUCACUUCCCUUUCUGUGAACACCGGUGGAUACUGUCAGUGGUACUUGUACGAGGGAUGUGACAACAAAGGUGACGACCGUGGGCUUAGUAGCUACUACAACUACAAUCUUGGUGUGCCAGCCGAGGAUGACCCUCGAACUGUCGAGUACGAUAACCAAAUCACAUCUUGGCGGUGCUAG